AUGACUUGACGGAAUGACGUGUAUCCAUGAAUGGUUGCGUUGCCGUAUUGCCCCUCGUUUUGCUACAAGCCUGCACUGGGCAAGCUUGUGCCUGCAAGCUUGUGACAGGCAAGUUCCAAACCAAAAUCAGGCGUUAAGAUGAAGGAAGUCACAGGGUCAUGGCAUUAGUUAUAUAUGCACCUAAAUGUAUAAUAUUAUGCUCGUUCCACUCUUCACUUCUCAAGACAAAUACCUAAUCAUUAUUGUUGUCGUUUGAAAAGAUUUUACCUACAUACCUACAUACCUACCUACAUACAUCGUACCUACAUACGCAUUACUACCACAAAAUAAUACUGUUGAUCUCAUCUGUCCAAGCCAGACCUACCUAACUUCAUUACCCCUCAACUCCAUUCGCCAAGUCAUCAAUCUUCAACUAUGGCUUCCAACCUUACUGUUCUAGUCAAGAACAUCAACGUCGAAGCCGACGACAAAGAGAUCAAGGAUUUCUUCAGCUUCUGUGGCAAGAUUACCGAAAUCAAGGUCACCCCAGGUGAAAACAACACCAAGGACGCUAGCGUCACAUUCGAGAAGGAGACUGCCGCUAAGACCGCACAACUUCUAAAUAACACGCAGUUGAAGGGCUCCCAGAUCUCCGUGACGCCAGCCGACGGCAAGGCUGAUGAUGGAACUCCUCACACCACCAACACCGACCGUGACACUGACGAGAUCACACAAGAGGAGAAGCCCAGAAGUCGCAUUUUAGCCGAAUAUCUUGCUCACGGAUAUGUUGUUGGCGAUGCGACCCUACAGCGCGCGAUCGAGCUUGACACAAAGCACGGCGUUACCAACCGUUUUAUGAACACCUUAAUGAACCUUGACCAGAAGUAUCAUGCUACCGAACGUGCCAAGGCGACUGAUCAAUCUUACGGAAUCACCAACCGAGCCAACAGCUUAUUCAGUGGCAUCAGCUCCUACUUUGAAAAGGCGACGAGCUCUCCUACAGGCAAGAAGCUGGUCAAGUUCUACACUGAAGGCCAACGCCAAGUACAAGACAUCCACGCUGAAGCCCGCCGUCUAGCCGACCUGAAGAAGGAGGAACAUGGUGGCAGCGCAUACAAAGCCUCUGGGCUUGAGAGAGUUUUCGGCAAAGAGAAGCCUACACAGCCAGGCGAUGCCAGCGCCCCUACUGAUAGCUCUGCAGUUCCUCCCCCCGGCCCCAAGGCUGGUACGACCGAAUCUACCCCUCUGGCCACCACAGGGGCCAUUCCCUCAAAGGCGCCCGGGGACGAGAAAGCAUAGAGAAUAUGGAAAGGCUGCGAUCUAACUUUGUUACGAAUUAUCAUGACUCGGGUAUUACAUUUAAGUAUAGCUUUAUAGUAGUCUCCUAAUAGCCAGCUGUGUAUCUGGCUGAAAUGAUUAAUCCAUGAUCACUAAAUUUAAAGAAUAUUGCGC